UGUAAAAAAAAUUCCCAAAAAAAAAGAAUUCUCGGAUUCAAAAUAUUAAUUAUAAUAAUACAAUUUUUAAUAUUUUUAUAAUUACCUAAAAUGUAAAUAUUGUUAAUUUAUUAUUUAACCAUUGAUGUGUUUAGUAGUUAUCAUGUCAUAAGUAUUCCGCAAACGCACUAAUUUCAAAAUAUUGUAUCAAUCGUACAAGUCUAUUAAUAAUGCUUAGAAAACAAAACCACCCACGUCCGCAAACGCAUACAACCGUAUCCGCAACCGUUGUAAUUACACCAGGCCGGCCCUAAAAGUAUAAUUUGUCAUUUACCUAGUUCAUAGAAAAAUGUGAUUAUUAUUUUGGUCAAAAAUAAAAAUCUGGGUCAUUUUGAGAGAUUCGCCCAUUUUAUUUAGUUCACAAAUAUAUUACAAAACAAUUAUGAACUCAAAAAAAAAAAACUAAUACCCUCUGAUUGGAAAGCAAGGAACAAUAAAAAAUUUAGUAACUUACACAUUGAUCCUAGAAAUACUCUCAAAUUAGCUGAAAUGGAAUCAUUGCUUCAUGCUGAGGCACAAAACUCUCUAGCUCAGGAAAUAGAUCGUAGUUGUUUACAAGUAACACCAAAGAAUGGGAAAGACGGACCUUCCUACUCCUUCUCUAAACCCCUAAUCAUAUCGAUGGACACGUACUCUAGCAGGGUAAUCGCCCACAAGGCACCGUUCGAUAGUAAGGCUGCUGCUAAGGAUAAAGCCAUCGAUCAGUGUCGUGCUUUUGUUAUUCUUUUGGGAUAUGACGCAAAAGAGAAAGCGUUGCAACUUAAUGGAAGUGACAUGGGAGGUUGGAAUGCCCUUGUUAAGUUUGCACCCGAGGAAGAAGAUGAGGAAUACCAGGUGGAAUCAGAAUAUAAAGAUUUUGUUAUAAAUGAGCUACUAAAUGACAAAAGAUUUAGGUUUGGCAUUGCCGUUUUGGGGUAUGACCCUUCCCUCCCUGAAGAUGAAGUCAAGAGCAUUUUGACAGAACAUUUCUCUUCUUGUGGAGUGAUAACACAUGUUUACGUUUGUACUCUCGACGAGUGUACUAAUAUCUAUUUUUCCAAAAAAGAAGGUGAAGCUAGUGCUAUGGAUCUUAAUGGAAGUAAAGUGGGCGGAUUCAAAAUAACUACUAUGCUCUUAGCCACAGCCAUAAGUAACCCUCGCCUUGCCCCCGGUGAUGAACCUACUGUUGGCUAUUCUAUCCCAGCUCCUUUUCUUGAGUUCGCCCGCGAGAUCAAUAAGAAGCUCGAUGAUUAUAUGACUGAGUGGAGGGUCAAGGCGAGGAGGGAGCAGAAGUUCAUGGCCUCGUAAUAAGGAGAUUACCACGGCCAUGAUCAGGAUGGAGAGGAGAAGGGCCCCUUUGAGAAGGAGAGGAUGUUGAUGUAAUAAAUUUCUCUCUCAAGAAACUAAGAAGCUCUUCGGUGGUUAUCAAUCCUGUGAUAAUAAUAUGCAACCUUCUUUAUCAACCGUUUGUUUUGUGUAUGUGUGUGUGUGUGUGUGUUGUGGAUGAUAAACUUAGAACUUAUUUAUCUUUGGUAGACAGAAGCAUAAUCUCCUCAUCAUUGCCUACAAUAGUAUCCUUCGAGACUCGCAAAUUUAACACAUUAAUUGUGUGUUUGUUUGUGAUUCAUUAUGAAGAAAAAAACGCGCACAGUACAGAUUAUAAUUUCAGAAAUUAGGCGCCAUGCCCACGAAAAAAAAACACAAUAAUCAAGAAACUAGGAAGACAAUGAUGUCUUCUAGCUAAUACUACUAUAGAAGCGCAGCAGUUCGCCCUAGAGACGCUCCUAGACACGAUUCCCGAAGCAGCGCCGGAAGCAAACUUUCUCGACGCCGGUAAGGCCUCUGGCCGCCGGCGUCGGGUCCUCCACUCCGUCACUUGCUCCGAUCUGGUUUCUCCUUGCUCUAUCGUCGUCUUCAACAUCUGGGUCUGUGUCUUCGCCGUCGCCUACGGCUCUGUCUCGCCGUCUCAUACGGCUCUGUCUCGCCGGCGUCUCUCGCCGGCGUCUCUCACAACAGUCCCUCCGACUCCUCUCCAGGUCAUCGUCUCUCCUACGUAUUCCAAUUCUGGUUAUAUCGUCACUCCCCUCUCCAACCAAAUUCCUGAGCCUCUUCUACUCCGCCUCUCCCCCUCGCCGGAUCUAGACAGCGGUCAACAAGUCUCCUCUCCACAGAACCGCCUCGUCAAUUCAUCAACUCCAAAUCUCGAACACUGGUUCAAGAAUCUUAACCGAGGGUUUCAAAUAGACAGAUCCCUUGAUUUGGUCCUUCAUUUUGUUGUAUUGGAGCUACGGCUCAGCCUAGGGUUUGUUGAUAAAUAUGAAUCCCGGUACGGUAAUAUCGGAAUUCAGAUGCUCCGCUUGACCCCAGCUCCCGCCCCCUCUUGGAAUAUCAUCAAGAACAUCUACUCACCUCCCGCCUCCUCCGUCUACUUCACUGUGGCCUCUGCCGCCGCCAUCCAUCCUACCGGCAUUAUCACUACUACCCCGCUCACUGCCACCUCCUCUCCUGCUCCUCUCGACGCCACCACUUCUCUCGCCUCUUUCACCGUCUCGUUUAUCCCUCUCCUCGUCGCCAGAUAUACUGUGCAAGAAUGUGGACUCACUAGAUUUACUCGUCACUACGUCACCGUUGCGUUUCCAACACACUACGCCGUCUCAAGCAUCGACGGUUCUUCACAGAGUUGGCUCUAUGAUCCUCUCAGCCCUUUCCUCUUUGCCGGAACUACUGUGCAAGAGUGUGGACGCGCCAGAUUUUCUCGCUACUAUGUCACCACUGCGCCUCUAUCACAUUAAGCCGUCUCAAACAUCGACGGUUAUUCACAGAGUCAACUAUGCGACUUUCAGAUCGGAGCUGUUACACAGAGACCCAACCAUCCCAAAGCUUUUUUAUCUCUUAUCCGAUGUUUGCUCACACAUGUUCUGGUUGAACGAGUGCGAUGACUGUAUGCUUAGGUCUCCUUUGGCUACAACUUGUUGGGCUCGACACGGUAAUGUUGAGUUCCGAGGUUUUGACCCAACUAAACCUUCAGCUCUGUCAUCAAACUUCAUCCUAAAUGCCUCUUUGGAGGUAAAGUUAGAGCUUGAGAUUCACCUAGUCUCUUCGGUAAGCCUUGUUGGAUUUAAAGCUGAUUAUGCUUGUUUCAAAGCCAAAUCAAGUCGUAUAGGACUCCGUACUCUCAGUGUUGUCUAUAGUUCUGGAGCUUCUCACCUAAAGUUCUUGCUAUUCAACAUUCCAACUUCUUCUAAUAGGUGUUUCAACGUCGUUUUCGACUA